AUGCCUAGCGGCCUGCCUGCAACGAAUGGGCUCUCCAUGGAGCUUUGGCAAUCCGUUCAGAAGGAAGUUUACAUGUCGCUGCACGAUCCCUUCGUGCAGGGAUUGGCACAGGGCACCCUUGACCGGCGCGCUUUCCAGCACUACAUAGCCCAGGACGCCUACUUCCUGAAAUAUUUCGCUCGUGCGUACGGCAUCGCGCUGAGUAAGGCCCUCGCCCUGGACGACGACACCUUCGCGGUACUGGGCCGUCUGCUGCGGGGGGUGCACGAGGAGCUUCAGCUGCACGGGGUCUACGCGGCGCGGUGGGGUGUACACCUGCCCCACCAUACACACACGCACACGCACGAGCACACAAAGACACGCACGGAGGUGCAGGUGCCGGGGGCCCCCAGUCCGGAAACAUCGUUCCCUGCGUACGAGUGUAUCGGAAAUGGUGGUGGUGGUUGUGAUGGUGGGGACGGUGGUGAGGGUGUCGUCGUUUUUGAUGGACCCAGUGCUGCUACGAAGGCCUACACAGACUUUCUAAUGGAGGUGGCGGAGGACGGGGGACAGGACGGCGGUGUAGUGGAGAUCCUGGCGGCCAUGUUGCCGUGCUCCCGACUGUACGGCUUCCUGGGCUGUGCGCUGAAGGCGGCACACGCCGGUGCUGGUGGUGGGGGUGGUGGAGGUGCUGGUGGUGGUGGUGGUGGAGGCGCGCCCAGUCAGGGAGAGUACUGGGAGUGGGUGCGGACCUACUCGUCUCCGGAGUACCUGGCCAUCCCCGCGUUGAAGGAGGCUGUUUUCGACCGAUUGGCGGUUCAUGCGGACAGGGCCAAGUUGUUGUCGCUGUACCGACGGGCCAUGCAGCUGGAGGCGGAGUUCUUCGCAGCGCAGCCCUUCUCACCUCCGCGACGUCGCAUCGCCGCACUGGUUAUAGAUUUCGAUGAGACCUGUACGGCGAAGGACACCGUCGGGGGCCUUAUGAGGCUGGCGGAGGCUGCCGCGGCCCAGGGCCGCCCAACCCCCGGCGACACGUCCUGGGCUCGAACCACGCUCGGUGACCUGGCUGCCAACUACCUGGCUCGCCAGGGGGAGCUGCUGCGGGAGAUACUUCCGGAGGAGCAUCCCGACGCUGAGUCGUACGACGCUGAGGGGUUGUCGUCCUUCCUGGAGCGCCUCUCCGACUUUGACGAGCGUAUGAACCUGGUGGUGGAGGAGAGCGGCAUCCUGAAAGGCUCAACGGAAGCGGAGGUGGCGGCGGCGGGUACGACAGUGGUGUUGCGACCUGAAUGCCGGGAGACGUUGAGGGCGGCGCUGGACCGCGGUAUCCCCGUGGAGGUGGUUUCGGUGAACUGGUCCGAUGUGUUCGUGGGUACGGCACUGGGAGCGCCCCUGGCGCCAACAGCAUGUCGUACGGAGGAGGUAGCCAAUGCGCAGGAGGGCGCCCAGCACCAGCACCAGCAGCAGGCGGCGGCGGCUCUCCGAGACACGGCACCUCCUGGCAGAUCGCCGUCUUCCGCCUCCGCCUCCGCUGCCAGUGGUGUGCGACUGCGGUGUAAUAGCCUGCAGAUCGGCCCCGACGGCUUCACAUCUGGCGCGCUGGUGAAGCGAGUGCAGACUGCCAGGGACAAGCGGCGGGAGCUCCGGGCGGUGAUGAAGGAGCGGGCGAAGCGGUCAGGGACGGCCGCCGCAGGGCCCCCCCCCGCAGCAGCAGCAGCAGUAGCCGGUGGCGCCGCUGAUAACAGCGGGAGCGCCGGCGGGGGCCAUAGCGAUGGCGGCGAUGGCGAUGGCGGGGGCGAUGGCUUGAUCGUGUACGUGGGUGACUCGACGAGUGACCUAGGGGCGAUGUUGGAGGCGGAUGUUGGCGUGGUGGUUGGCGCCAACCGACUGCUGCGCCGUGUCGCGGCGCGCUUCGGCGUGCGGCUUCGGCCGCUUGCAGCGGUGCCGCUGGCGGCCCGUGGGGGCAGCUACUGCGGCAGCAGCGGCGGCGGCGGCGGCGGUGUGCUGUACGAGGCUGCGGGUUGGGAAGAGAUCCGUGCGUUCCUAUUCGGAGUGGAGAGCGAGGCGGCGGCGGAGGGGGCUCGUGGGGGGGCGUCUGUGGGGCCCUCCGAGGGGCAGGUGGUGGCGGAGGAGGAGGGGAAGAAGGAGACGGCGGCAGCAGCAGCAGCAGUGAUAAAGGGCAGUAGCACGGAGGCCCCGGCGGCGGCGGCGGCGACGCAAUCGCUUCCACGGGUGCUCAGUAUCGCGGGCUCCGACUCCGGUGGUGGAGCUGGCAUCCAGGCUGACGUCAAGGCUAUGUUGGCCCGAGGGGUGUUUGCCAUGACCGCGCUGACGGCGCUCACUGCACAAAACACACACGGUGUCAGUGCCGUACACGCUGUACCGCCCGAGUUUCUGAGGCAACAGAUUGACGCUGUGUUGUCUGGUAAUAUGCGAAUGGGCGCGGACCUAGGCGCAGAUGCAAUCAAAACUGGGAUGCUGCCCAACGCUGAGGCCGUACACGUGGUCGCGGAGCGUCUGCCACUGGUUGUGGACCCCGUGCUGGUGAGCACUAGCGGACACAGCUUGGCCGAGGGCGGUGUGGCGGCGGCCUUGCUCCGAGACCUGCUGCCAUUGGCCACACUGGCUACACCGAACAUUCCAGAAGCGGAGGCCCUGCUUGGUGCCGGCUCCAUUCAGACAGUGGACGACAUGAGGCGGGCGGCUAGGGAGCUGCAGCUUCGCACCGGCUGUAGCGCAGUGCUGGUCAAGGGAGGGCAUCUGAAGCCCGUCUGCGGGGCAGCGGCGGAGGCCCCGGCGGAGGUGGUGGACGUGCUGUACGACGGCGAGCAGAUCCACGAGCUGCGUGCCGCAUGGGUCCGUACAGAAAACACACACGGCACGGGAUGUACACUGGCCUCAGCUAUUGCAGCGGAGCUAGCCAAGGGGCUCCCACUCCUUGCCGCCGUGACUGCCGCCCGCACCGCCCUCCAUGAAGCCCUGCGAGCCAGUGCCGCACUCAGCCUGGGAGGCGGAGUGCAGAGACCCUUCCAUCACCUCCACUUAAUGACGCCGGGUCCGCUGACGGUGCCGGCGGCGUCGGCGGCGUCGGUGUCCUCAUCGCUGCGGCGGGUCGAUCUGACGACGCUGCGGCGGCAGCUGCGGCUUUACGGUGUCACGGAUCCGUACUGCAACAAGAAAUGCAACAGGACAUUGUUGGAGGCAGUAACGCUGGCUGUGCGGGGUGGUGCCACCAUCAUACAGCUCAGGGAGAAGGACACUGACGGGGGAGACUUUGCUCGGGAGGCGGCGGCGGCGCUGAAGGUGUGCCGGCAGUACGGAGUUCCGUUGAUUAUCAACGACCGAGUUGACGUGGCGUUGGCGGUUGGCGCUGACGGGGUGCAUGUGGGUCAGUCGGAUCUGCCUACGGCGGUGGUGCGGGCGCUGAUUGGUCCCUCCCGCAUCCUCGGAGUAUCCGUCAAGACGCCGCAGCAGGCCCGAGACGCCGCCGCCGCCGGGGCCGACUACCUGGGGGCGGGGGCGGUACUUCCCACGGGCACCAAGGACACGGACGUCAUCGGACUGGAGGGACUGGGGGCGGUGUGUGCUGCGGCGGCUCCGCUGCCCGUGGUGUCCAUUGGCGGGGUGUCAGCCGGCAACGCGGCCGAUACCAUCCGAGUAGGCUGUGCGGGCAUUGCGGUGGUGUCCGCCAUUUUUGGGGCGGAGGAUGCAGAGGGGGCGGCCAGAGCACUGCUGAAGGUUGUUGAUGAUGCGCUGGUGACUAGAGAUGCAGACUGA